AUGCCGGCCACCCAGCGACCCAUCGAUGAAAUCCUGAACACGGUUGCUCGCCGCUAUCGAGGACCAGGCGGGGCCAUCGCCGUCGUCAAAAAUGGCGAACUUGUCGGCCAACGGGUCUGGGGUUACGCCGAUCUCGACCGACGAAUCCCCUUGACAUCAGAGACUCAGAUGCCCAUUUGUUCAAUCACAAAGCAAUUCGUCUGUGCCCUUUUGCUGGACCUCGAGCGAAAUCCACCACCGGCAGUGGCGGCCAAGGGCGACAUCCAGAGCCAAUUGACAAAGAAGCUCCAUGAGUUCCUUCGCCCGGAGUUGACCGAGGGUACUGGCCUGAUACUUCAGCAUCUAUGCGACAUGCAGUCGGGCAUCCGAGACUACUGGGCCAUGACCACGCUCUGGGGUGCCAAACCAGAUGACGAGUUCUUAAUUGAAAGGGAUUGUCCACCGAUGGUCGAUCGGAUGAGAUCGUUUCAUUUCAAACCGGGAAUGGAAUACUCAUAUUGCAAUGUAAACUUCUACAUUGUUGCACGUGUGAUCGAAAAGGUCACUGGUGAGCCCCUUGGAAAGCUGCUUGCCGAGCGAGUUCUCCAACCAGCUGGAAUGACGACCGCCCUUCUCUGUCCCAACACUGCGAAGCACCCAGGCCCGUGUGUUGGCUACGAAGGAACUGAGGAGCAUGGAUACUAUGAAGCGGUGAAUCGGAUGGAAUGGUCUGGCGAUGCUGGGUUGGUGGCUUCGCUCACCGACAUGGUCGCCUACGAGAAGUACCUGGAGCGUCUCUCCUCCGACCCGAAGAGCUGGUAUCGCACUGCGAUCGAGCCGCAUACCUUCAGCGAUGGUAACACGGCGAGAUAUCAUUACGGCCUUGGUCAUACGAAUCUCCAUGGUGUCGACACGAUUGGACAUGGGGGUGCUCUACGCGGAUAUCGACUUCACAGACGCCAUGCACCAAAUGAGCACAUCUCCGUGGUCGCACUAUUCAACCACGAAGCCGAUGCGUCGUCUGCCGUCGAUGAUGUUUUACGGGAUAUCCUGGGGCUCUCCAAACCAGAAACUCCCCAAAUUGAAGCAAGUUCUCAUUGGAACGGCACGUUCCUCGACCAAGAGACGGGACUCGCGAUUGUUGUGAGUAAGGGAUUGAAUAUGGGGGAAGUUCGAAUCAGUUACGGCUUCCAACCAAGUGCUGAGGUCAUAAAGUUGACAGCCUCCAAUCAAGGCCACUUCCAGUCUAUGACUGCAGUUGUGGAAGGCGAUGUGCUGAAGAUCCAUCGCAUAUCAGACAACCGAAAACUUGAGGCCCGUCGGAUCACGAUUCGCGAAACCAUCUCCAAGGAUGAAUCCUUCACAGGGGAAUACAGAUGUGCUGAAGUUGGAUCAACCUUUCACUGUUCCGGUGGAUCAGGAGUUUUGUACGGCACCUUUGAGGGAUACCUGGGCAACGGACCCCUCACGCCUAUGAAGUAUCUCGGUGACGAUGUAUGGGCGCUGACUUGCCCACGCGGUCUGGAUGCGCCAGCGCCUGGUGACUGGACUGUGUCAUUCUAUCGCGAUGAGAGCGGUGGCGUUGCAGGUUUCCGAAUUGGAUGCUGGCUGGCGAGAGGACUUCAUUUCGUCAAGGUCUGA